AUGAUUGCUUCAUCGACAUCGGCACGUAAAAACUCGACUUGCGUUUCAUUUACUAUACCAGAUUCUCGGCCAUUCUUUGAGCGAGAGCAGUCUCAAUCAAAUCUGCCACGGAAACUGUCCAACUCGUCCUAUGAACAAGUAGUUCAACAACUGCGAUCUCUUCGGUUAGUUGUCGUAGGAUGUGCGCGCGAUGUCGAAGCUAAUCUCAAUGGCUACCGAAAUCACAUCGAACAAAUCAUCGAGCUUUUCCAUCCAUCAUCGCGCAUAUUGAUAUUCGAAAGCGAUUCGACUGAUAAAACGGUUUCAAAGCUGAAUAACUGGGCUAGAGCAGAAAUAUUUUCACAAGGAGUGUUAGUUAAACAGUAUGCAUCUCGUACCGAUCGACUUGCUCUCUGUCGAAAUACACUUCUCACUAGAGCAUACAACUACGUACCUGAUUUCAUCUUGGUUACUGAUGUAGAUAUGUUUUCAACUAGUGUUGCUUCGUUUCUAUCAAAUUUUUAUUACAAUACAGAUGAUUGGUCUGUGAUGACAGCAUCGGUUACUGGUGGUUAUUAUGACAUAUGGGCGUUGCGGACACUAUCCGACGACGUGAUGAACUACGAUGUCUGGCAUCGCAUAUGGCAGUUAGAACGUGCUCGAGAAAAGUACUGCAAUCAUAACUUUAUUGAGCUGAUCAUUCUCACUCAUAAGAAACAGAUUCCUAUCGAACGUGAUCUAAUUGAAGUGCGCUCUGCUUUCGGCGGUGCUGGAUUGUACAAAGUGAACUCGACGUAUGGAUGCAAAUACAACGGUAGUGGUGCAACUUGCGAACAUGUUCCAUUCCAUUUAUGUAUGCGAGAGAAGAAUCGAGCGAGAAUAUUUAUUAAUCCGAGAUUUUUACUUCGCUAA